AUGCCAAUCAAAUCACCGCUGAAGAUUGUGUUGGGAGCAGCCAAUGUUGGAGACAAGUCUCUAGACUCAACUGUCCGUUACGACACGCUUGACGAGGUCAACUCCUACCUCAAUGCAUUCUAUGAUCGCGGUGGACGUCAUAUUGACACGGCCCGUGCCUACUCGCCACAUGCUCCUGGUUCUUCAGAAGAAAGACUAGGCGCCGUCGAAGCAGGAAAGCGAUUUGCAAUCGACACGAAGGUGUUUUCUCUAACACCCAACUGCCAUUCGAAGGAAAAGAUCAAGGAAAACAUCGACACAUCCCUUUCACUCUUGAAGGUACCGAAGAUUGACAUCGAGUACCUCCAUGUGCCAGACAGAACCACCCCUUUCGAGGAGACGCUCGCGGCGAUCAACGAGGCCUUUAAAGAAGGCAAAUUCGAACGCUUCGGUGUGUCCAACUAUACAGCCGAGGAAGUGGACAAGAUUGUUCAAAUCUGCGAAUCGAACGGCUUCGUGAAGCCAAGCGUGUACCAGGGUCAAUAUAACCCCAUUAUCAGGAGUGGGGAGAAGGAACUCUUUCCCAUCUUGCGAAAGCAUGGAAUCGCUUUCUAUGCCUGGAGUCCCGCAGGUGGUGGUUUCUUCGCAGGAAACCACAAGCAUAUUGUGCAUGGCUCCCGAUUUGACUCAUCGACCUGGUUGGGUCAAGUGUUCGCAUCUGUGUACCUGAAACCAAACAUCGAAGCCGCAACAGACCGCGCACUCGGACUUGUGGCCAAGCACGGCAUCAACGGCCAUGCUGCGGCUUUGAGGUGGACUGUCUACCAUAGCACGCUCAAGGACGAAUUUGGAGAUUCGAUUAUUAUUGCUGCCUCGAGCGUCGCGCAGCUGGACUCCAACCUUGACAUGAUUGAGCAAGGGCCUUUACCCGCCGAGGUUGCCGCCGCCAUGGAAGCGAUAUACAAAGAGGUGGAGGGUACAGAGUUCCCUUACCAUUUGUGA